GAAUUGAGUCCCUUUCUUCGGCCUCUUCUACACCACCCCCAGCAUCGAUUAUCGCACUUGUAAUAUCCUUUCAGAACAUAAACAAUCAUGUCCGAGCCAGCGAAAACAGAGGAAAAGCCACGUUCGACCGCAGAGGUUGAUUUCACAAAGUACAAGACCGCUGCAGACAUUGUGAACAAUGUCAUAAAGAAGCUUGUGGACCUUUCCGUGGAGGGUGCCAAGGUCCUUGAUAUCUGCAUUGAGGGAGACAAGCUCAUCGAGGAGGGUACCGCGGCGGUAUAUAACAAAGCCGUGAAGGGUGUCAAAGUUCCCAAGGGUCUUGCCUUCCCCACCUCUGUUUCCGUAAACAACUGUGUUGCCCACUUCUCACCCCUUGCAUCGGAUCCUCUAUCAGCACAAACACUUGCCAAAGGCGAUGUCGUAAAACUUCACCUCGGAGCGCACAUCGACGGAUUCGCUGCCGUUAGCGCAGAGACACUCGUUGUUGGUGCCACCCCAGAAAAUCCUGUGACUGGUCGUCAGGCCGAUGUCAUUCAGGCUGCAUGGCAUGCCGCCGAAGCAGCGAUGCGUUUGGUGAAGGUCGGAGGCAAGAAUUGGGAUGUUACAAAUGCUGUAGCCAAGAUCACUUCCACUUGGGAAUGCAAACCUGUAGAAGGCAUGCUUUCUUGCCAACAAUCACAGAAUGUCAUUGACGGAAAGAAGCGUAUUAUUCUCAAUCCCUCUGAAGCACAAAAGAAGGAGUUCGAGACUGUGACAUUCGCAGAGGGCGAGGUAUACGGCAUUGACAUCCUGGUGUCAUCAGGCGAGGAUGGCAAGGCCCGUUUGGAGGAAUCGCGUACCACAAUCUACCAGAAGGACUCAACCGUCACCUACCAGUUGAAGAUGAAGACGUCUCGUGCCGUCUUCCACGAAGUCCAAAAGAAAGCUGGUGCUUUCCCCUUCAACCUCCGGUGUCUCGAAGAUGAGAAGCGUGCACGACUGGGCCUUCAGGAGGCCGUGCAGCACGGCCUUGUCAAGCCCUAUGAGGUCAUCUAUACCCCCAACAAUACCUUUGUUGCCGCAUUCCACUUCACAAUUGCGCUGUUACCCGCUGGACCCGCACUUAUUACCCACCCUCCUGUUUGGUAUAAGCCUGAACUCGUCAAGUCAGAUAAGAAGCUCGAGGACCCUGAGCUCGAGGAGCUUCUCGUCAAGAAGUUGCGAGAGGACAAGAAGAAGGCAAAGAAAGCAAAGAAGGAUAACGAGGAGCCUGAGAGCAAAGAGUGAAGGCUGUAGUGACUAUACAAGAGGCGAAAGAAAUCAAAAUGUAUUUGAAGCCGAACAUUACAUCGCGUAUCGCUAGCGGACAUAUAUUAGUAUAGCUCGUCAUGUCUUUGUGACAAUUCAACGAAUAUGACAUACGAACUACAGAGCUAAUGAUGAAGGUCUUCUCUCGGCGUCUUCACC